AUGGUUACUCACAAUGUAGGCUGUAUUGUUAAAAAUGUGUCACUCUUCCCUUCCAGUAUCCGGAGUGUGAUGCAGAAGUACCUUGCAGAGAGAAAUGAAAUAACCUUUGACAAGAUUUUCAAUCAGAAAAUUGGUUUCUUGCUAUUUAAAGAUUUUUGUUUGAAUGAAAUUAAUGAAGCUGUACCUCAGGUGAAGUUUUAUGAAGAGAUAAAAGAAUAUGAAAAACUUGAUAAUGAGGAAGACCGCCUUUGCAGAAGUCGACAAAUUUAUGAUGCCUACAUCAUGAAGGAACUUCUUUCCUGUUCACAUCCUUUCUCAAAGCAAGCUGUAGAACACGUACAAAGUCAUUUAUCCAAGAAACAAGUGACAUCAACUCUUUUUCAGCCAUACAUAGAAGAAAUUUGUGAAAGUCUUCGAGGUGACAUUUUUCAAAAAUUUAUGGAAAGUGACAAGUUCACUAGAUUUUGUCAGUGGAAAAACGUUGAAUUAAAUAUCCAUUUGACCAUGAAUGAGUUCAGUGUGCAUAGGAUUAUUGGACGAGGAGGAUUCGGGGAAGUUUAUGGGUGCAGGAAAGCAGACACUGGAAAAAUGUAUGCAAUGAAAUGCUUAGAUAAGAAGAGGAUCAAAAUGAAGCAAGGAGAAACAUUAGCCUUAAAUGAAAGAAUCAUGUUGUCUCUUGUCAGCACAGGAGACUGUCCUUUCAUUGUAUGUAUGACCUAUGCCUUCCAUACCCCAGAUAAACUCUGUUUCAUCCUGGAUCUGAUGAACGGGGGCGAUUUGCACUAUCACCUUUCACAACACGGUGUGUUCUCUGAGAAGGAGAUGCGGUUUUAUGCCACUGAAAUCAUUCUGGGUCUGGAACACAUGCACAAUCGGUUUGUUGUCUACAGAGAUUUGAAGCCAGCAAAUAUCCUCUUGGAUGAACACGGACACGCAAGGAUCUCCGAUCUUGGUCUUGCCUGCGAUUUUUCCAAAAAGAAGCCUCAUGCGAGCGUUGGCACCCAUGGGUACAUGGCUCCCGAGGUGCUGCAGAAGGGGACGGCCUAUGACAGCAGUGCCGACUGGUUCUCCCUGGGCUGCAUGCUUUUCAAACUUCUGAGAGGUCACAGCCCUUUCAGACAACAUAAAACCAAAGACAAGCAUGAAAUUGACCGAAUGACACUCACCGUGAAUGUGGAACUUCCAGACACCUUCUCUCCUGAACUGAAGUCCCUUUUGGAGGGCUUGCUUCAGCGAGACGUUAGCAAGCGGCUGGGCUGUCACGGAGGCGGCUCACAGGAAGUAAAAGAGCACAGCUUUUUCAAAGGUGUUGACUGGCAGCAUGUCUACUUACAAAAGUACCCGCCACCCUUGAUUCCUCCCCGGGGAGAAGUCAAUGCUGCUGAUGCCUUUGAUAUUGGCUCAUUUGAUGAAGAGGAUACCAAAGGGAUUAAGCUGCUUGAUUGCGACCAAGAACUCUACAAGAACUUCCCUUUGGUCAUCUCUGAACGGUGGCAGCAAGAAGUAACGGAAACAGUUUAUGAAGCGGUAAAUGCAGACACGGAUAAAAUUGAGGCCAGGAAGAGAGCUAAAAAUAAGCAGCUUGGCCACGAAGAAGAUUACGCUCUGGGGAAGGACUGUAUUAUGCACGGGUACAUGCUGAAACUGGGAAACCCAUUUCUGACUCAGUGGCAGCGUCGCUAUUUUUACCUCUUUCCAAAUAGACUUGAAUGGAGAGGAGAGGGAGAGUCCCGGCAAAAUUUACUGACAAUGGAACAGAUUCUCUCUGUGGAAGAAACUCAAAUUAAAGACAAAAAAUGCAUUUUGUUCAGAAUAAAAGGAGGGAAGCAAUUUGUCUUGCAAUGUGAGAGUGAUCCAGAGUUUGUGCAGUGGAAGAAGGAGUUGAACGAAACCUUCAAGGAGGCCCAGCGUCUCUUACGUCGAGCCCCGAAGUUCCUCAACAAACCUCGGUCUGGCACUGUGGAGCUCCCAAAGCCAUCCCUCUGUCACAGAAACAGCAACGGCCUCUAGCACCCGGAAACAGGGAGGGUCCUUGCGGAGGACACACCAGGGUCUCAGCCUUUUGGGGUGAACGAGGAUGAGGCAUCUGAUCUAUUCGCUACCGGGACUCCUCCAGGCUCCCGAGAGGAGUCGGGACCCUUCGGCUCAGGGUCAGCUCAGCUCCCUGCCUUGUCACAUUUGUCCACAUUCAAAACUACUGAAGAAAUAAAAGUUCUUUUUCUUUGCUACACACUUUGGUACCUAUGAACCUAGAACUUGAAGUGACUCCCACUUAUCACGUACAUUUUUAUGUCUGAUAUCAAACACGUCUUAGACUUUCCAGGAUGGAAUGUAAAGAUGUUCAGUGUUGGGUAGCAGACUGCCCUAAGCAUUGCCGCAUUUUAUCUCUAGUCACUGCUGAUUGUCUGUGUCUUUGCUCUGUACUACUGGGGGAUGGGAGAGCCACAGUGUUUCCUUUGCACACUUCACAACUGACUUCUUGUCCUGGGGUUAAAAGUUGAAGAUAUUU